UCCAGCUGCAGCUCCAUGGAGACGGCUGCGGUCUGAAGCUGCUCUGCUCUCACACACACACACACCACACACACUCUCACACACACUCGCACACACACUCGCACACAGGUACCUGUCCAGGUAUCCGAGCUCCACGAAAAAAAAAAAAAGAAGAAGAAGAAGAAAACUUCGGCGUCCCUCAGCAACGCCCCGGAGGACAGGAUGGCAGUGGGACACCAGUCAGGGGGAGAGCCGGACUCGAACCCGGGCUCCAAGGAGGACAAGAGCCUGAAGGCGGAGGAGGCGGGGGAGGCGGGGGACGGCAGAGUCAGCAUCCCGGAGAAGAGCCCCGCUCCGGCGGAGGCGGAGUUCGUGCACCCGGAGGGCGGCUGGGGCUGGGUGGUGAUGCUGGCCGCCAUGUGGUGCAACGGCUCGGUGUUCGGCAUCCAGAACGCCUUCGGCCUCAUGUUCCUGUCCCUGCUGCAGCAGUUCGGCUCCGUGGACGACCCGGACCUGCGCUUCAAGACAGCGUGGGUGGGCUCCCUCUCCAUGGGGAUGAUCUUCUUCUGCUCUCCCAUCGUCAGCAUCGUCACGGACAUCCUGGGCUGCAGAGUGACCGCCGUGGGCGGCGCCGCCGUGGGCCUGGUCGGCCUGCUGGCCAGCUCCUUCGUCACGUCCCUGGGCCCCAUGUACUUCACCUACGGCAUCGUGUUCGCGUGCGGCUGCUCCUUCGCCUACCAGCCCAGCCUGGUCAUCCUGGGCCACUACUUCAAGAAGCGCCUGGGCCUGGUGAACGGCAUCGUGACGGCCGGCAGCAGCCUCUUCACCAUCACGCUGCCCUUGGUGCUGUCCUACCUGCUGGAGAACAUCGGCCUCUACAACACCAUGCGCGUCCUGUGCGUCCUCAUGUUCAUGCUGGUGCUGGCCGGGUUCACCUACAAGCCGCUGCUGCCCAAGAAGCCCCGGAGCGGCGGCGGCUCGCGCUUCAGCCAGAUCUUCAACGUCAACAUCUGGAAGUCGGUCGGGUACCGCAUCUGGGCCUUCGGCAUCCCCGCGGCGCUCUACGGCUACUUCGUGCCGUACGUCCACCUGAUGAAUCACGUGGAGGAGCGCUUCGGGACGGACGCCAACAAGGAGGUGCUGCUCAUGUGCAUCGGCAUCACGUCCGGCAUUGGAAGGCUCAUCUUCGGCAGGGUGGCGGACUACGUCCCCGGGGUCUACAAGGUCUACCUGCAGGUGACGUCCUUCCUGGUGAUCGGCGUCAUGUCCAUGAUGAUCCCGCUGUGCGACAUCUUCGGCAGGCUGAUCGCCGUCUGCCUGCUCAUGGGCCUGUUCGACGGCUGCUUCAUCUCCAUCAUGGCGCCCAUCGCCUUCGAGCUGGUCGGCGCCAACGACGUGUCCCAGGCCAUCGGCUUCCUGCUGGGACUCAUGUCGGUGCCCAUGGUGGUCGGGCCGCCCAUCGCAGGUUUCCUCCGGGACAAGCUGGGGACCUACGACCUGGCCUUCUACCUGGCGGGGAUCCCCCCCGUCAUCGGCGGCGCCCUGCUGUGCCUCAUUCCCUGGGUGGAGGCCAGGCGCCGGAGGGCCCUGCAGAAGGAGGCCAAGCUCAAGGAGGCGGAGGUGAGCCAGAAGAUGAUCGAGCACGAGAAGAGCCAGGAGGAGGCGCCGUGCAGGAACGGAGAGUCGGUCCUCUAAGAGCCCCACGGACUGCAGGAGAGACCCUACUGCGUGUGUGUGUGUGUGUGUGUGUGUGAGUGUGUGAGUGUGUGUUGAAUCCCAGUAAACUGAAGUGACACGGAGCCGAAGGACGACGACAGUGAUUGUUUGGAUCUGACUCAGCCUAGUUUCCGGUUCUGCAGGUGAAUGUCUCUGUAACUCUGUGGCUGUCUGACCGUAACGCUGCUCGGAGCGGGAGCAGCAGCAGGAGGCCUCCCGCUCCACGCUCAGCCCCGUCCCUCUGGGUUCCUCAUUCCACCUCCUGAAGGACAGAACAAGCGCAGUGAGCUCAAUCCGAAGGCAGAACGAGCUCCCUGUGUGAGCGGAGGCCCCGCUUCACACAGGAAGCUCGUUCUGCCUGCUGCAGCGCCGACCUUUCACCUGCUCCUCGUGUGUUCUGGUUGUUGUUGUCAUUCUGACCUUCGACAGCGUCGUCUCACACUGAACACGCAUGUUUAGCCUUCAGAGGUUCGGUCGAUCCUCCAGCCGGUGCCAGCGUUCCAUCAGGAAUAUUUAUGACAGUCAGUCUGUAUCGAUGUGAGAAACGACACGUAACCCGUUUCAGCCAGCUUCACGCCGACCCGGUAGUGUGCCUGAAAACUCAGACCGUGACCACGGACCAGCAGGUCUUCCUGGACCUGGAGCCAUGAGGGGAGGUCCCACCCGGACCGCUGGAUCAUCAGCUGUGUUCACCCGUCUGUGGUCGUAAUGUUGUGGCUGGUGAGUGUGUGUGUGUGUGUGUGUGUGUGUGUGUGUGUCGUGCAGUGUCAGUAUUAGCGGCGUUGUUUCUGUUCGUGGGUCCAGUGUGAGUUUCUGGAGACCUCUGAGCCGCUGCAGAGCGUGACGCCGGUCUGACUAAUGAUUGACGGCGUCCGGCGGGUCCAGAGGAGUCCGGUUGAUCAUUAGCUGGACUCUCAGGUCGUGAACCUCCAGCAGGAAGCUGCGGGCUUCGCUCGUCCAAGUAUUUAUUUUGGAAAUCGUUAAUGUGCCUUUAAUGGAAGCUCGACUUCCAGCCAGACCAAAGCCUGGAGGCCCGAGGAAGACGGUCGGCCCGAGUCCUGGAAACACCCGGGUCCUGUCUGGACCCCCUCUAGACCCCCUCAAGACCCCCUCUGCCCCCUGCAGGUCAGACCUGUCUCAGCCGUCCCUUCGUCAGACUGGAGCCUCAGCUUUCUUUUUCUUCUCUACAGCCACAAAGUGCCUUUUUUUUUAAUGCAACCUGGGAAUGAAAUCCGCAGCGUUUACAUGGUAGGAAGGAUUUUAACGAUUAGUAUUAAAGCUGCGGCCUGUUUAUAGCAGCCUUCAGUUCUCUGUGCCUUUCAUGCUGUUAUAUAUGCAUCCACUGUGUGAUAAUCUUUAGCUUUUAUUGAAACUGCAUCAGAUGUCAUGAAGAAGAAUGUUUGUCUUCAGCGACGACUUGAGACCAAAGUGUGUUUUUUUUUUUUUUGGUUUUCUGAAGUGAAAAAAAAGACUGUUCCUACAUGUCCUGGCUGCAGGAUGUAGUAAAUGAAUACACAGCGUCUGUAAACACAAUCAAACGUCAUUGUUUUAUAAAACAUGUUGAAACUUUUCCACUUUU